CUUCCUGUGGCCGGAGACGACCCUGGGCCUGGCGCUGGGACUUCCCUCGUGUCAUGGCCCCCAAGCGCCAGUCUUUGCUCACCCCUCCGACCAAGAAGGCCCGCCAGUCUCCGGGCCCCAAGGCAGCGUCAGCCUCUCCGGGCCUGCCCAAGGGAGAAAAAGAACAACAAGAGGCAAUUGAACACAUUGAUGAAGUACAAAAUGAAAUAGACAGACUUAAUGAACAAGCCAGUGAGGAGAUAUUGAAAGUAGAACAGAAAUAUAACAAACUCCGCCAACCAUUUUUUCAAAAGAGAUCAGAACUGAUCGCCAAAAUCCCCAAUUUUUGGGUAACAACAUUUGUUAACCAUCCACAAGUGUCUGCACUGCUUGGGGAAGAAGAUGAAGAAGCAUUGCAUUAUUUGACCAGAGUUGAAGUGACAGAAUUUGAAGACAUAAAAUCAGGUUACAGAAUAGAUUUUUAUUUUGAUGAAAAUCCUUACUUCGAAAAUAAAGUUCUUUCCAAAGAAUUUCAUCUGAAUGAGAAUGGUGACCCAUCUUCAAAGUCCACUGAAAUCAAAUGGAAAUCUGGAAAGGAUUUGACGAAACGUUCAAGUCAAACACAGAAUAAAGCCAGUAGGAAGAGGCAGCAUGAAGAACCUGAGAGCUUUUUUACUUGGUUUACUGACCAUUCUGAUGCAGGCGCGGAUGAGUUAGGAGAGGUCAUCAAAGAUGACAUUUGGCCAAAUCCAUUGCAGUACUAUUUGGUUCCUGAUAUGGAUGAUGAGGAAGGGGAAGGAGAAGAAGAUGAUGAUGAUGAUGAAGAAGAAGAAGGAUUAGAAGACAUUGAUGAAGAAGGAGAAGAAGAUGAGGGUGAAGAAGAUGAAGAUGACGACGGAGAGGAAGGAGAGGAGGAUGAAGGAGAAGAUGACUAAUUGAACACUGAUGGAUUCCAGUCUUCUUGUUUUUUCCUUUUUUUAAAAUUUUAAUUUUAAUUUUCUCCAGUCCCUGGGAGCAAGUUACAGUCUUUUUUUACCCUCUUGUGCUCAGUCACCCUGUUCUUGAGGUCUCUCUUCUCACACACCGUGGUUCUCAACUUUGUGGGGUGAAACCUUGAACGGAACACAGUGGGAAAAGGAUCUCUACAACCUUCUGUUCUAAAUUCAUUUUGAUCCCCUCCUGUCUCCACACUCACUUUUGGAAUCAACACCACCACCGUGCUCUGUGGGAAAAAAGAAAACCCUCCACUCCCUUCACUCUGCUGGAAGCUGGAGGGGGCUAGGCCCCUGUGUAGUAGUGCAUAGAAUUCUAGCUUUUUUCCUCCUUUCUCUGUAUAUUGGGCUCAGAGAUUACACUGUGUCUCUAUGUGAAUAUGGACAGUUAGCAUUUACCAACAUGUACCUGUCUACUUUCUCUUGUUUAAAAAAAGAUUAAAAAAAACUUUAAAAAAUGGGGUAUAGAAGGUCAGCAGAGGGUGGGUUUGAGAUGUUGGGUGGGUUAAGCGGGCAUUUGACAACAUGGCUUUUCCUUUGGCAUGUUUAAUUGUGAUGUUAACAGACAUCCUUGCAGUUUAAGAUGACACUUUCAAAAAUAAAAUUAUCUCCUAAUGAAAAAAAAAAAAGAAAUACAA